GGCAAAAACCCAUUAAAGGAUCUCCUCAUCCCAGGUAUACUACAUAGUAGUUCACUUAAUUAGCUAGCUAGCUCCUUUCCUUUGAUUAUAUAUGUGUGUGUGUGCAGGAGUUAUUACAGAUGCAGCACCUCAAAGGGUUGUUCAGCUAAGAAACAGGUAGAGAGGAGCAGAAUGGAUGCCUCUGUGCUUAUCAUCACUUACGGAGCCUGCAGCGGUAGAAGAAGAAGAUAAUCCCACAAUUCCAGUGCCAGAAGGAGGAGAAGAAGCUCAAAUGGAGCAGCACAGAACCCGCCUGAAGGACAAUAAUGGUUAUGAUGAGGAGAAGGAUAGUUUCCACUACUCCCAAUCUCCAUUCAACACCUCUCAACAUAUCAUUAUAAACAACUACCUUUUUACAGAAACCUUGGGAACCUACAGUAGUCUUCUGCUAGACGGAGAGCCCUUGUCUUGCCGGUACCCUCAUCUCAUGGACUUCAAUUCUCCACCCCCAAAUCACAAGAAAGAAAACUACGACUUCUACGAUGAGCUGGAAGAGCUCCCCCACACUUCAUCCUUCAUCACCCACACUUUCUUCAAGGACACAAUCUCUGUGAAUUCCAUUUAAUUUAGAGCUAGCUAGAAGGGUUAGUUGGUUCACUGAAAUUAAAGUUGUAAAUGUAGUUCAGACCCCAAAAAUAAUCCAAGUAUUGAAAUUCAAUCUUA